CGUUUCGCGGCCUCAGCAUUCGCAGACUGCACUCGAGGCCCGGAAUCCAUCAUACUUUACCAAUCUUCUUUCACGAGAUCCUUGAUGCGGCCUGUGACAAGUACGGCCACUGCUCCCCCUUCGACUCGCGCUUUUCCCACUUAACCCAUGGGACUCGACAGCCUCCGCUGAACCCCGGGAGGUCCUCCUCCAACUUUCCUCCCUAUUGCUGCCGCCCAUCGAUAUUGGCUGCCUGCUUAGGCCUCGAAGAUCUGCAACUGAUCUAACGAGCGGAAGAGUCGAGUCGAGUAGCAAUACAAGAGAAAGAUGAAGGGAUGGAUACGGUUAGUCGGGGUGCUGCUGCUGCAGCUGCCCUCGAAUGCAGUUCAGGCAGUGGAAAUGCAAAUAGACCAGAAAGAGGCAACCCGACAAGUAUGUUCGGGCAUGUACUCCCGCAAAUCCUGGGGCGGCAACAACGACCCUUUCAUCCUCAUCAAAUUCCUCAACCCCGACAGCUUCAACGCCGUCGACCCCAUCGUGAGCCUGGUGGUGUUUGAGUGGCAUGACAUGACUCUCCUCGGCAUGCCUAUCCCCAAUUCGGAUGCAGAUGCCGUUCCGACAAUGCAAUAUGUCUGCGACAAGUACGCAGUCGACGACGGUCUUUGUGACAAGAGCAAGCUUGGCGGCUUCAUCCUCAAGCCCAAUGCUACCGACGUCGCCCAGUCGCAAAUCAUUUCCCAGGCCAUCCACCUGCGCGACCCUCCCGUCGUCAACUACCCCAUCAAAAAGACCGGCUACUAUUGCGUUGGCACCACCCCAUUCAGUAACGAGGAUUACAAUGGCGUGGUCGAAUUCCGCAACGCCUUUGGCGAGCUCCCGGCCGCUCAGAUCGCAAAGUUGCCCUUUUACUCCGGCAUCACCAUCGUCUAUGCCUUCUUGGCCAUGGGCUGGGGCGCGUUAUACUUUUUCCACCGACGCGACAUCCUGCCCGUGCAAAACUACAUUACCGCCAUCUUGGUCUUCCUGGUGGUGGAGAUGUUCAUGACCUGGCUCUUCUACGACUUCCAAAAUCGCCACGGCAUGAACGCCGGCGCCAAGGCGUUGCUGGUGGUCGUCUCCAUCCUCAGCGCCGCCCGCAACAGCUUCUCCUUCUUCCUCCUGCUCAUCGUGUGCAUGGGCUACGGCGUCGUCAAGCCAACUCUAGGCAAGCAAAUGACCUACGUGCGCUAUCUGGCAAUCACCCACUUUGUCUUCGGCGUCAUCUACGCCGUCGCCUCCCUCUCCGUCACCCCCGAGAAUGCCGGCCCCCUCAUCCUCCUCGUCGUCCUCCCGCUCGCCGCCACCCUCACCGCCUUCUACAUCUGGACGCUCAACUCCCUCAACGCCACGACCAAAGACCUGGUCGCGCGCAAGCAGACCAUCAAAGCCGCCAUGUACCGCAAGCUGUGGUAUUGCAUCCUCACCAGCAUCGUUGUCAUUUUCGUCUUCUUCUUCGUCAACAGCUGGAUCUUCGCCGGGCAGGGCGACGAGGAUUUCGUGCCGAGUCAUUGGAAGGGCCGGUGGUUCAUCCUCGACGGCUGGCUGAAUCUCGUCUACUUUUUCGAUGUGGCGUUUGUCGCGUAUGUGUGGCGGCCGUCGGCGAAUAAUCGACGAUUCGCCAUGUCGGAUGAGAUUGCACAAGAUGACGACGGCUUCGAAAUCUCAUCGCUCCGUGACUCGAUGGAUAUAGAUGACGAUGCGGAAGCUAUGAAUGGCUAUAAACGGCCUGACGAAGAAGCGGGGUACAACGGACGGCUGAACCGUGACGCUUCACCAUUGCCGGCUCCCAUCCCGCAGAAGCCUAUGCCGCUGCCGCGGGAAAGUUUGGAGGGUGAGACGAUCUUUGCUGUUGGAGAGGAGGACAGAUUCAGUGAUGAGAGCGAUGGGGAUGAUGAGGGUGGCGCUCUGGGGAAUGAAAGGAGUGGGAUCAUGGGCAGGAAGCGGGAUUAGGUGGAGGUCAGCUAUCUUGUAUUUGAAAAGGCUUGUAGAGGAGAGGUUUCUGCUGCUUAGGAAAGAAAUGCUGUAUUAUUAGCGUGUUGAUGGUUGG